AUGAAUGAACGAGCAGACAGUUUCCAUCCAGCACCGCGCUCUGCGACUUGUGUUUCGUUUUCACCAGUCAGUCGUUUUUGUGUCAUACUCUUUGACAUUUGUACUUCAUUUUUGUCCAUCGCCGAAGUUUUCAUCGUUAAAGCGGAAUCUUCUUCUUCUAAUGAAAUCAGCUUUCCUAUGGCGGCAAGGAGAGAAACUACUCCAAUGACAUCUUCACCGAGUAGUAGUGCAUCUGGACCUAGUCAAAUAAAUCAAGUUCUUCCUAAUACAGCAAAGAAGUCGCCGGAAACUAAUAAAACAGCAACCCAAGAUAAGUGGAUCUUACAAAAUAAUUAUACUUGGGAGACCAUAGAAGGUACUCCUAAUAGUUUGUUAGUAGAAACAACAAAACAAUUAAAAGAAGCUGAAAAUUCAGUUAUAUCACUUCGUCAACAGCUGCAUAUUAAUGACAAUAAUUUCUCUUGUAUGCGAGAUCAAAUAGAACAAUGCAUAGAAAAUAAUCUACAAUGUAAUAUAUGUUACGAAAUGUUCAUCGAGCCAACUGUACUAAAUUGCUCUCAUACAUUUUGUCUUGAAUGCAUAGAGUCAUGGACUCGAGAAGCUAAUCACUGCCCAACAUGUCGAGCUAUCGUUAUAAAUAAAUCACACUGUCGAACUUUAGAUACCUAUUUGGACAAAAUAUCUGAAUAUUUAUCAUCUGAAAUAAAAACGAGGCGGGAAUCUUUAAAAGUUGAACGUAAUAAUAAUAAAGUGGAGGUUAAUAGAAACCCGAGAAAUAAUGCGAGAAUAAACCAUAGACACCAAGUCUUUACUCUAGUAUUAGGUGCAGAAUUUUGGAAUGAACUAAAUCAAGUUGCUGCUGAACGGGGUAUUACCCCGGAAGAAGCAUUAUUGGAUCCAAUACUUAUGGGCGAUGCAAUUAGUAGACAUAGAAAUAGUAGAUGGCUUGCUAGCCACUUGAACAGGCACAAUCAAGCAAUUGCCAUCACUUGCACAGUUGCACUGGAUAAACUAAAACAUAUUGUAUUAUUGUCCUAUCCAUUUACUUCUAUGCAAAUAUUAUAA